GUGACAGAUUCACAGGCAUUCUUGAGAGAGAGAGAGAGAGAGACAGAGAGAGAGGGGGAAGAAAUGGCGGGUUUGCUAGCAUGGGCAGCAGACGUAGUAGGAGGUGGUGGUGGGCAAAGCAACGACGAGAACGAUUCGAUUUCGAUCCCAAUAGUCUUCACCGAGGAUCAGAGAAAGUACAUACUAGAAUUGGAUCAGAAAGCAGCUUCUCUGAACCGUUCGAUCCAAGACCUACGCCUCAGACUUCCUCCCCCAGAUAUCUCCCAGCGUCUCCCUCACCUCCAUGCCCACUCCCUUGCUUCCAAUGCGGCUCUUGCUCUUCAGCUGAAUGCCCACUCAGCCACCCGCGAACAGGCCCAAUUGAGAGAGGUGACUCUGCAGGAAGAAAACGUUGCAUAUGAGAAGGCUAUAUCGAAUUGUGAAGGUAAAAUACAGGAGAAAGUGCAGGAAGCAGAUUUGCUUGAGAAGAAGUUGGAGGAAUUGGAGGAGCGCGAGAAGAGUUUGAGAGCUGAACUAGAAAAUGCGCAGACAGCAUUGAACGCCUGCCGGUCUGAUAGAACAGAUGAAUUGGUGGGUGAAUCCAAGACAACGGAUGAGACUGGGCAAGAUACAGAAGAAUCAAAGUCUUCCAUGCUAGACAAGUUAGAGAACAAGAAGAAAGAAUUGACUUCACUGGAAGAGGUAGUCCACGACUUAGAGAAAAGAUGGGCACAAAUUCAAGAAAAAGCACUAAAACAGCCCACCCCAGCUCAAAGGGAGAAAACUUUGGAUAAACAACUUCACAGCCUUAUUGAGCAACUAGCAGCUAAGCAGACACAAGCAGAAGGUCUAGUUAGUGAAAUUCAUAUAAAAGAGAUGGAGCUAGAAAAAUCAAAUGGGUUGUGGAGGAGGGUUGGAAACAAUAAUGCAGAGAUGAAUGCAGCUAGAAACCGAUUUGGACGAACGGCAUCUGAUAAGGGAUUUGCUUCAUCUGAUUAUGUUACAGAUUCUAAUCAGAAGGGUCUUUAUGGUACGAGAAGUGAAAGGCUCAUGCUGCUCAGGUCGGCGUUUGUGCUAUACAUUUUAGCUUUGCACGUCUUGGUCUUCAUCAGAAUUUCAUUUUGAAGAGCAUACUGAUAAUACUUGAUGAAUCUUCAUCCAGACUAUGAGCACAUACUGAACUUGAUGUAAUAUUUUUUUAGGCCUUGCCUAUAUGGAAACCAAAGAGGAGAGAUAUGAGAAAAAAAAAAAAAAAAAAAAAAAAACCUAUUGUUGGACGUAUUAUUCUUGUUUAUAUUAUACUGAAAAUAAAUAAUACUACAUUGGCAAGUUUGUUUUUCUGUUGAGUUUGA